CUCCAUUAGAGCUUCAGGAUCGUCACACGAGAGCAUCCAGCGCGCGAAGCAUCAUUUCCUCACAGAUAUGUCUUUCCGUCAGUCUGUCGGAUGGACGGCGGGAUCGGAUGAUUUCUGCGCGAACGUCGGAGAAAUGUUCGGAUAACUGGCGUCGCUUUUCAGGUCCAACAUCUUUCUUCUGAAGUGCUUCAGGGAGAGUUUCGCAGCUUUGCAGUGGAAGGACUGUGCGAUGAAGACAUCAGUGAUGGAUCUUAAAGUGGAACCCAUGGACAUCGAUUACGACCAGCCGCCUCCCAUCCAAGUGUUCGCUCACACCUCGACUCUACACGGCAUCUCGCAUAUCUUCUCCUAUGAGAAGAUCACGGCCAAAUGCUGCCUCUGGGUUGUGUUUUUCCUCAGCUCACUGACCUUUCUCAUGUACGUCUGCGUCGAUCGGAUUCAGUUCUACCUGGAGUACCCUCACGUCACCAAGCUGGACGAGAUCACGACGCCCAUAAUGAUUUUCCCAGCGGUGACGAUUUGCAAUCUCAACUCCAUCCGCUUCAGCAGGAUCACACGCAACGACCUGUACCAUGCAGGCGAGCUGCUUGCGCUGCUCAACUCGAGACAUGAGAUUCGGGACGCUCACCUGGUUGAAGAAAGCGUGAUGGAGGUUCUCAAGAGCAAAGCAGACUUUCGCUCCUUCAAGCCGCGACCCUUCAACAUGUGGGAAUUCUAUAAUAGAACAGGACACGACAUAAAAGACAUGCUGCUGUCCUGCCAGUUCAGAGGUGCGCCGUGUCAACCCGAAGACUUCAGCGUGGUGUUCACGCGUUACGGGAAGUGUUACAGCUUUAACUCUGGUAACACCGGCGCGCCGCUGGUCAGCGUGAAGGGAGGGAUGGGAAACGGACUGGAGAUCAUGCUGGACAUUCAGCAGGACGAAUAUUUACCUGUGUGGGGAGAAUCAGACGACUCUUCGUUUGAGGCGGGAAUCAAAGUUCAGAUUCACAGUCAGGAUGAGCCUCCGUUUAUAGAUCAGCUGGGCUUCGGAGUCGCACCAGGAUUCCAGACGUUUGUUUCUUGCCAAGAGCAGCGACUGGUGUAUCUUCCUGCUCCGUGGGGCAGUUGCAAGUCCACUCCGCCAAGCUCCGAUUACUUCAAUGCGUACAGCAUCAGCGCCUGUCGAACAGACUGCGAGACGCGCUACCUUGUGGAAAACUGCAACUGCCGUAUGGUGCAUAUGCCUGGUGAUGCGCAGUACUGCACUCCUGUGCUCUAUAAAGAAUGUGCACAUCCAGCACUAGAUUUCCUGGUGGAGAGAGACAGCGACUAUUGCUCAUGCGAGACUCCAUGCAACAUCACGCGCUACAGUAAAGAGCUGUCUUUUGUCAAGAUCCCCAGCAAAGCGUCGGUCAAAUAUCUCGCAAAGAAGUACAGCAAAUCUGAGAAAUACAUAACGGAGAAUGUUCUAGUGCUGGACGUGUUCUUUGAGGCUCUGAACUAUGAAACCAUUGAGCAGAGGAAAGCCUAUGAGGUGGCUGGUCUGUUGGGUGAUAUCGGAGGACAGAUGGGGCUGUUCAUUGGAGCCAGUGUUCUUACGAUUUUGGAGCUUUUUGACUACCUUUAUGAGGUAAUGAAAUACAGGUUGUGCCGCUGCUCCGACAAGAAACAUCACAACAACAACAACACUGAUCACGGCACUGUACUCGGCCUGGAUGAUGUCAAAUGUCACGUCAGUAAAUUCCAUUAACAUUCCAGCUGUUUGCCUGCCAGUCAUAGUCAGAUUAUGUUCUACAUUUUAGCAGAUGGCAUCACAACACCAGCACGGUUGUGUUUUCUACGGAUUGUUCUGGCAUCUUGUGGUUGUUCUCUCUCUCUCUCUCUCUCUCUCUCUCUCUCUAUUAUGCCUGUGUGAUUUUCUAGGAUUUUUCCAAAAAUGUUUUGUGGUUUUCUGAACAAUCUGCUUUUGAUUAUGUCUCUAUAGGGCAGGAAUGUCAAAAACGUUUAAUAUUAAUUAAAUGGUUCGAUCUCUGUGUGCCUGGCCUUUUGCGACAGAAUUGCGUCCGCUAGCUUGAGGGGUUACUGUAUGUGUCACAUUUUAUUAAUUCUGUGCAUCUUAAUGGCUAUUAUAUGGCUGUAAAUGCAUCGUGACAGGCCAUUCAUUGCACAGGGAAAGACCAUAAUAUGAGGGAACACAAGUCUAAAAGGAAUACUUCACCCAAAAAUAAAAAAAAAUUACUUAAAAUUCACUCACCCUCAGGCUAUCCAAGAUGUAGAUGAGUUUGUUUCCUCAUCAGGUUUGUAAAUAUUUAGCAUCACAUCAUCUGCUCACCUCUGCAGUGAAUGGGUGCCGUCAGAAUGAGAGUCUAAACAGCCUAAAAACAUCAAAUUAAUCCACACCACUCCAGUCCAUCAAUUAAUGUCUUGUGAAGUGAAAAGCUGUGUUUGUAUGAAACUAAUCCAUCAUGAAGAUGGAUUUUUAUCAGCUGUUUGGACUCUGAUGGCACCCAUUCACUACAGAGGAUCGAUUGGUGAGCAAAUGAUGUAAUGCUACAUUUCUUCAAAUCUGAUCCCAUGAAAAAACAGACUCGUCUACAGUGAUGGGAAUAACGGUGUUAUAAAUAAACUGCGUUACUAACUGCGUUAUUUUUUUCAGUAACAAGUAAUCAAACGAAUUACUGUCUCCCCAGUUACAACGCCGUUACCGUUACUGACAUUAAAAUGCGGUGUUGCUAUAAUUUAUUAUAAUAUUAUUAUCUUUUUUUUUUUUUCAGUUCGUCUGAAUGGAUGCGCAGUGUAGCUGUAUUUGAUGUACAGUAAACUCUAGUGUGAAGGCGCACACCUCGCCGUUGCUUUGUCUCACACACGCAAAGAAAGAUACAGAGCGAGAGAGUCUUACAUGACAUGCAAAAUUGACACACUACAUUAAAACGAUAUUCUUUGUUGUAUUUUCCUGUCAAAAGUUCCUUUUGAAUUCUUCAGCUUUUAAGAACUGCAGGUUUCUCCGGUUGUAGGCGGAACUAAUGCACAAAUGACAGUCUCAUUGGCUGGCGCUCACCUAUUAUCGUCCCUGUUUUGAUUUCAGCAAAUCAAUUCAAGCGAACGCAGACAACGUGAUUAAUAUUCAUGAACCCAGCCGCUCAUUAAUCCUUAGUCCGUUUUAUAUUGUUAUUAGUAGUAGAACUCGUAGUAGUUUUGUUAUCUUAUCAGUAUUAUUUUUCUUUUUAUCUUAUUUAUUAUUAUAACAUUUUAUAUUAAGAUAUUUAAACAAUAUCUUAAGCACCACCACCAGUCCUAAGUUCAGUCAACAUGACAAAUAUGCAUUCAUACAUGGUUAUUCUAAUUACUAAAUUUCUAUCAUCAUAUAAUGCUAAAUUAUCAUAAUAUCAUGUUAUAAUGCUUGACUGACUGAUGCUAAGUGUCAGAUAUUAAUAUUAGUCUGGUGAGUAAACUAAAAAUUUACAAGCCAAUGGCGAUUCUAUUGCCAAGGUGUCCGUAGAGGGUUGAUAAUAUUUACAAUAAUCUAUUGAAUUUGACAGGUGUCUCUCACAUUGUCCCACAGAAACAUUAAAAUAGUAUAGAUUAGUGUACAAUGUUUUAUAAUAAUAAUUUAUUCUAUUUAGUGUCCAUUUCAUUCAUUUUUAACAUUGGGGGCAUCCACAUUAUUUGACGCAUUUUAACUUUUUUUUUUUUUUU